ACGUCUUUUAUUCAGAAAAAAAGAAACCAAAAGUCAAAAAUUAGAAAAUUAUUCUUUUGAUGUUAAUUAUAGUUUAAAAUCAAAAAAAAGUUUUGUUCCAGAUUAAAAUAAAAAUUCAACAGUCGGAAUUGGUGAACGAGACGAAUCGAAAUAAAAAUGGGAUCGCUUUUUCGUAGUGAGGAAAUGACUUUAUGUCAACUCUUCCUCCAGAGUGAAGCUGCUUAUGCAUGUGUAUCGGAACUUGGCGAACUUGGACUUGUUCAAUUUCGUGAUUUGAAUCCUGAUGUCAACGCUUUUCAACGUAAAUUCGUUAAUGAAGUUAGACGUUGCGAUGAGAUGGAACGAAAACUUCGCUACCUCGAAAAAGAGAUUAAAAAGGAUGGAAUUCCAAUGUUGGACACUGGCGACAGUCCCGAAGCUCCACAACCUCGUGAAAUGAUUGAUUUAGAGGCAACAUUUGAAAAGUUGGAAAAUGAAUUGCGUGAAGUCAAUCAAAAUGCUGAAGCUCUCAAGAGAAACUACUUGGAAUUGACGGAAUUGAAGCAUAUUUUGAGGAAGACUCAAGUGUUCUUCGAUGAGACAGCACCAGAUUACCAAGACAUGCUUGUCAAUAGAUUUUCUCAAUUAAAUCCGUCCUUCCAUUCUCGCCCAUCAAAAUAUGAUAUUCGAACACUUCGCGUGAAAUUCACAAAAUCGCAGAUGGCUGAUUCACAUCGUGAAGAAGAACAAUUGAAUUUAUUGGAAGAUGGACCACGUGGACAACAACAACAGAACCUUAAGCUUGGUUUUGUUGCUGGUGUAAUUCUUCGUGAACGUUUGCCAGCAUUUGAACGGAUGUUGUGGCGUGCCUGUCGUGGUAAUGUUUUCUUACGUCAAGCAAUGAUUGAAGCACCUUUGGAAGAUCCAUCGAAUGGUGACAACGUCUACAAAUCUGUCUUCAUCAUCUUCUUCCAAGGUGACCAAUUGAAGACACGUGUGAAGAAGAUUUGCGAAGGGUUCCGUGCAACUUUGUAUCCAUGUCCAGAAGCUCCAGCUGAUCGUCGUGAAAUGGCAAUGGGCGUCAUGACAAGAAUCGAAGAUUUAAAUACUGUCUUGGGACAAACACAAGACCAUCGUCAUCGUGUCUUGGUUGCUGCUGCUAAGAACCUCAAGAAUUGGUUCGUUAAAGUCAGAAAAAUCAAAGCAAUUUAUCACACGCUCAAUCUGUUCAACUUGGAUGUUACGCAAAAAUGUUUAAUUGCUGAAUGUUGGGUUCCAGUUUUGGACAUUGAAACAAUUCAAGUUGCUUUGCGUCGUGGAACUGAACGUUCGGGAUCGUCAGUGCCCCCGAUUUUGAAUCGUAUGGAGACAUUCGAAGAUCCGCCAACUUACAAUCGAACAAAUAAAUUCACUCAUGCGUUUCAAGCUUUGAUUAAUGCUUAUGGUGUCGCAUCUUAUCGUGAGAUGAAUCCAGCUCCUUACACCAUCAUCACUUUUCCAUUCUUAUUCGCUGUCAUGUUCGGUGAUUUAGGACAUGGAACUAUCAUGGCAUUGUUCGGCUUAUGGAUGGUUUUAAAAGAGAAGCCAUUGGCAGCGAAGAAAUCUGAUAACGAAAUUUGGAAUAUUUUCUUUGGCGGUCGUUACAUCAUUUUCUUGAUGGGAGUUUUCUCGAUGUACACUGGCUUCAUCUACAAUGACAUCUUCUCGAAAUCGUUAAAUAUCUUUGGAUCUGGAUGGCAUCUUAGUUACAACACAUCAACAGUCAUGGAGAACAAAGCUUUGCAGCUCGAUCCUGCUUAUGAUGCUCCUCGAACUUACCCGAUUGGAAUGGAUCCUGUUUGGCAAGUGGCACCAUUGAACAAGAUCAUCUUCCAGAAUGCUUACAAGAUGAAGAUUUCAAUUAUCUUUGGUGUCAUUCACAUGAUUUUCGGUGUUGUCGUGGGUCUCUUCAAUCAUCGCUUCUUCAAGAACAAACGCGCAAUUUAUUGUGAAUUCAUUCCGCAAAUGAUUUUCUUGAUCUUCUUGUUCUUCUACAUGACAUUGUUGAUGUGGAUUAAAUGGAUUCGUUUCUCAGCUCAAAAUCCUGCUCCGUAUUCGGUUCAUUGUGCGCCAUCGAUCUUAAUUACUUUCAUCAAUAUGGUUUUGUUCAAGACGUCACCUUUGAUCAAUGAAGAAUGUAACGAAUGGAUGUUCUGGGGACAAGGAGUUUUGCAGAAAUUCUUGGUAUUGUCUGCAUUGGCAUGCAUUCCAGUGAUGUUGCUUGCCAAGCCAUUGUUAAUCAUGCAAGAGAGAAAGAAAGCUUUGCAUCAACCAAUUCUUCCCUACAGCACUGAUGGACAAGAUGGCGAAAAUGGUGGAUUGAAUCCACAGACACAAACUGCUGCUGCCGCUGCACCAGCUGGAGGACAUGGACAUGAAGAACAAGAAGAAAUGAGUGAAAUCUUUAUUCAUCAAGGCAUUCACACAAUUGAAUAUGUUUUAGGAUCUGUUUCGCAUACUGCUUCGUAUCUUCGUUUAUGGGCUUUAUCAUUGGCUCAUGCUCAACUUGCUGAAGUGUUAUGGAACAUGGUUUUGAAAAUGGGCUUGACAAUGAGUGGACCAAUGGGUGGAAUUGGAUUGUGGGCAAUUUUCGGUUUCUGGGCAUCGUUGACUGUUAGUAUUUUGGUGUUGAUGGAAGGUCUUUCAGCUUUCUUGCAUACAUUGCGUUUGCAUUGGGUUGAGUUCCAAUCGAAAUUCUACGCCGGACAAGGAUAUGCUUUCACACCAUUUGCUUUCGAAGCUAUUUUAGAUGGCGGUGGAUCAACUGAAGAUUAAACAUUUCUAUAAAUGCAUAACAAUAAAUUAAAUAUCAUAAUCACUGGUUUUAUUUUGGAUUUCAAUUAUUCCUCGAAUGUUAAAAUAUUCAAAUUUCAUGGACAAUUAAAAAGUUAUAAUAAAGAAAAAAUUAUUUAGCGUUGAAUGUAGCGUAGCAACAACAUUUUAAUCGUUUUGUUCAGCAAAUCCCAUGACAUCGUCUAAAUACUCAAUGAAUCCAUCGAUAUUUCCCUUCUCGUAUUUUUUGAGUAACGAAAUGUCAAAGUUUUUCAGAGUGUUUGGGAGAUUUUUGACUGAUGUAUGAAAGAGAUAAUUAUCAGCAGAUAAUUGUUCCGCAAGCUCGAUUUGAUGAUUAUUCAUUAAUGUAUCGUUGAUAACAACUAUUAGAGGUUUUUCCUUUUUUAAAACAUCAAUGCAAGUUCCAGCACCAGCGGGAAUAAAAUACCAAGUCAGCUUUUUCUAUAUCUUCGAGAAUAGACUUUUUUAAAUCGAAUAUUUCAACUUCUAUUCCUUUGAAAUGAUCAAAUGAAACUGAUUCUCCUUUUCCUAUUUGAAUUGUGAGAUUUUUACAACCGAGAUGCUCUUUGAAGAGUUGGAAAACUUCAUCUUUACUUAAUUUUCUAAUCAAAUCGUUGAAUUCUGUGGUUCCAACAGUAACAAAGAUUGUUUCAAAUUUCAU